AGAUUCUGGUUUUAGAUGUUGGCUCACAGAUUCUGGAAGACGCUCAAGAAAGAACAGAUGGCCUUCAUGACGCUGACACUCUUCCCCAUCCGGCUGCUGCUCGUCCUGAUCGCGAUGCUGCUCGCCUGGCCCUUCACGUUCUUCGCCACGCUGGGGUCCUCGGAGAGGGAGCCCGAGCCGUCCCCGGCCUCGUGGCGGAAGGUCGUGGACGUCCUGCUCAAGGCCAUCAUGCGCACCAUGUGGUUUGCCGGAGGCUUCCACUGGGUGGUGGUGAAGGGGCAGCAGGCCCCACCCUCUGAGGCUGCCAUCCUCACUCUGGCGCCCCAUUCCUCCUACUUCGACGCCAUCGCUGUCACCAUGACGAUGUCCUCCAUCGUGAUGAAGGCAGAGAGCAGGAACAUCCCAAUAUGGGGAACUCUGAUAAAGUACAUCCGGCCGGUGUUCGUGUCCCGGUCGGACCAGGAUUCCCGCAGGAAGACCGUGGAGGAGAUCAGGAGGCGGGCACAGUCGAACGGAAAGUGGCCGCAGAUCAUGAUUUUUCCAGAAGGAACAUGUACCAACAGGACGUGCCUAAUUACCUUCAAGCCUGGUGCGUUCAUCCCAGGAGUUCCUGUCCAGCCUGUGGUUCUGCGGUACCCGAACAAACUGGACACCAUCACGUGGACGUGGCAAGGACCUGGAGCGUUGAAAAUCCUGUGGCUCACGCUCUGUCAGUUUCACAAUCGAGUGGAAAUCGAGUUCCUUCCCGUGUACAGCCCCUCGGACGACGAGAAGAAGGACCCGGCCCUGUAUGCCAGCAACGUGCGGCGCGUCAUGGCAGAGGCCCUGGGCGUCUCGGUGACCGACUACACGUAUGACGAUUGCCAACUGGCCCUGGCGGAAGGCCAGCUCCGUCUCCCCGCGGACACCUGCCUUCUCGAGUUCGCCCGGCUGGUGAGGGGCCUGGGGUUGAAACCAGAAACACUGGAGAAAGAUCUGGAUAAAUACUCCGACCGGGCCCAGACGCAGGGGGGACGCAGGGUGGGCCUCCCCGAGUUCGCCGAGUACCUGGGCGUCCCCGUCUCAGACACACUACAAGACCUGUUCUCCCUGUUUGAUGAGAGUGGAGAUGACACAGUGGAUCCUCGGGAGUAUGUCGUCGCCCUGUCCGUCGUCUGCCGGCCGUCCCGGACUCUGGACACCAUCCAGCUGGCAUUCAGGAUGUACGGGUCACAGGACGGCUGCAUCGAUGAAGGCGCCCUGUCCAGCAUCCUCAAGACCGCCUUAGGUGUGGCCGAGCUCACCGUGACCGACCUCUUCCGGGCCAUCGACGAGGAGGAGACGGGGAGGAUCACGUUUGCCGACUUCCGCAGGUUUGCAGAAGCGUUCCCCGACUUUGCUGAGGACUACCUCUACCCUGACCAGACGCGUCCUGAGAGCUGCCCGCAGACGCCCCCAGCUCCAGCCCCCAACGGCUUCUGUGCUGACUUCAGCCCUGAAAACUCGGGCGUUGGGAGGAAACCUUUCCGGAAGAAACUGGACUAGGAUGAAGGUUUCUGGCAAGAUGAGGCGUCUCCGUGGCCCAGUCACCACCCGCCUCCACGUGGCCGUGCGCCCGCCGGCCUCAGGCCCAUCCACAAGACUCGGGCUCGCCACCCUGCUCCUCCGUGGACAGCCCCGCGUGAGGGAGGCCGCGUGGCCGGGUGCCUGUCCCCGUCGCCCGGACCAUCCUGGCUCGUUUCCACCACGGUCUCUGCCACGUCCCCGUUCGUGUCCCUUCUCGGCGGCUCGCCCGGCGGACGGGCCUCCACGUGCACGCGCGACACACGCUUGAGGCCAGGGCGCGUCACGCGCGUUUGCAUCCCAGCACAGACCGUCCGCCGACCUUGGGGGUCACAGGCUGGCUGGGCCGCAUCUAAUUUUAAACGUUUCUGUAUCUGUGGGCGCUCGCGGGCGUUUUAUAAACUUCGUUUAGAUACUUCGGGAAGCUCACAGCGUUUUUUAAAAAAAAAACAAAACUUGUUUUCUACUUCAUUUUUCCUUUCAGGGCUAGAGGAUAUUUAUUUACGGGCCGUUUUGUGAUCAGGUCCGAGGCUGUGUGGGGCUUUGACUUCAGCCUCUUGCCGGCCUCUCUCCACCAGGUCCACCCGUGUCUGGGUCCCCCACACAUGUGGCCCAGAGCUCCCAUCUGCCUCUUUAACCCUUUUCAGACCCCUCUUUUCUACAGACGUUACCAGCCUGGUGUCUCCGUGUAACGGGACGUGAUCUGCCUCCCCGUGCACAUAGCGGCCUCAACGGUGGUGCUGGGCCGGCAGGGGGGCUGCCGACGGGCCGGGCCCGCUGGGAGGCCGACCCUCGUCCCUGCUCCCGGUGCUGGGUCCCACGUGUGCAGGGGGAGGAGCUGUGGGGGAAGGGAACCGUGUGCAGACCGCAGGAGCCGGUGCCGGGGGUACAGCCCGUGCGAAUGGCAGGAGGUCUGGGGAAGGCUGUCAGGCCUCUGGUGACCCCGAGGGGAGGAGCACAGCCUCCAGACGCAGGAAAGGGAAGGUUCCUGUCGCCUUUCCCCCCCCCCAACUACCCGGAGCUCAGCCUGGAUCACUCCCUGGACAUACAGCUGGAAACCUGUCCUUAAAGCACAAUAUAAGCCCCGCGGUCUCCACUCCGUUCCCUGAAGCAAAGCCUCUGGGUUUGCCUGGGGGGAAAGCUCUUCUGAAUUUCUAAAUAAGUUGUAUUUUGUUCUUGGGCCUCUGUGUAGGAAGUGACCACCAGGCCCGAAGUACAGGAAAAAGCGUUUGUAACCUCUCCAGGAGUUCUCGGUGCGCAUUUCCAUCCACGGCCACGGCCAUGAGUGAAGGAAAAGCCCCCCGGCCUCGGCUGUGCCCCCUCCCCGGCCACACCAGCGUGACAGUGCCAGCUGGGCGCCCGCGGUGGCCAGACACAGCCUGGCGGUUCACAGCGAUCGGUUAUGUGACUGUAGAUGCAUACAGUUUUGUUUUUAAGAGAGAAAACAUACAAGUGACGGAGGAAGGAGGUGAACAGACUAAGAUAUCCCGAGGGGAGGCCCUUCCCCGUCUGCACAUGAAGGGCUGUUUGAACGGAAUGCCGUGCGCGUUUUCAGGAAAAAAGCCUCUGAUAAGCAGACUUGGGAUGGAUGUUUGUUCCUCCUGCGCUUCCGGCCUCGCACCUGCGGGCGUUCAGAACGUGGGUAUGGCUGGACCCCUUUUGUGGGAGGUGGGGACGGAGACGAUGGGGGCCCCGCGGGGACCGGGGGUCCGGGGUGGGCUCCGUGAAACAGCUUUGGUCUCCACUGGAAUGAAUAAAGUGUAAAGUCGUACGUACCUGA